AUGUCGCAAGGACAUGAGAAAGGAAAGGACCAUCUUGUAGCCAUAUUUGACGAACAAGAUCCACAUCAUGGAGGCGACGGCACCAGUGCCAGCUCGACUGGCACUCAAAGUCCAGAGAUUUUUGGCAGUGAACUUGGCUCCAACACCACUUCAGCCUUUCAGCCUUAUCAAGCAACAAGUGAAAUUGAGGUCACACCUUCAGUGCUUCGUGCAAAUAUGCCUCUCCAUGUGCGGCGUAGUAGUGAUCCUGCAUUGGUUGGUCUUUCAACCUCUGUGUGUGAUACAAACUUUCCUGCAGAAGAGCCUUCACGAAAAAAUCCUACAAGAUGGUCCACAACAGCAGGCUUCCUCAAACAGAAUGCCCCUGGGGGACUACCCACUAGUCAUGAGAGAAAGAAAGAUGAAAACUACAGAAGCCUACCACGGGAUACUAGUAGCUGGUCUAACCAGUUUCAGAGAGACAAUGCUCGCUCAUCGUUAAGUGCCAGUCAUCCCAUGGUGGACAAGUGGCUGGAGAGGCAAGAACAGAAGAGAGACCAUUCAUUAAAUUUGAUGUUAAUGAGUCUGCAUGUACCUGGAAGAGCAGGAUCCUUUUGUGAUUUCAUAACACCAGGAUAAUUAAUUAGACUAAAAACUGUUUAACAGGGCAUGAACAGUAGCUGGAAAGCCAUAAUCAGAAUGGAAUGAAGCACCACACAGUGGAGUGAGGGGAAGGGCCUUAUAUAUUACUGAGGAGUUACAGGUGAAAAUCCUAUUUAGUUCUUUCCUUUAGAUUUGAACUUAAACUAGCAUCUUUUAAAAUGUUUCAUUGGAUAAUACUAAUGUUUUUGUAUGUUGCAAAUUACAUUUGGAAUGUGUGGUAAUAAGCAAACAAGAAAUUACCACACACAAGGAUGUUUUAGAGGAAUAAUAAAAUAACAAGUCCCUUCUCUUUAUGAAGUGCUGUUUUUAAGAUCUUGUAAAUAGGUGAUGGCUUUACCUAAUGGUCUUUUCUGUUCUCUCUAUUGUUUUAACUAUGUUAUACAAUAAAAGACAAGUUUCCUGGGAUAUAUAAAUGUGUUGAAUCCACUAGUUCAGAUCCUAAAGUAUGUCUGUGCUUAAAUUCGGGACACUAAGAUAGAGUAUCCCCGAGUAUUCGAACGUGUUCUUUGCUGGACUUCCACCUUUCCCCCUUCUUUAUUUUGGGAGACACUAAGGACAGUAG